ACUUUCUCUCCCAAAUAACCACCACAUUUCCCAUUUCUUCCCAAACUACCCUCUCUCUCUCUCUCUCUCUCUCUCUCUCUCACUCCACCAUGGUUCUGAGCAAAGUCACCACCGCGAAGCGAAGCUUGAAGCGGAAGCUCGAGCCGGAAUUCGAAGACCGAAGCGAAGACGAUCGCAAGGUUUUCGCUUCCGAGCCACGCGAUGCCUCUGAUCGUGAUCUCGUCCCUGAUAUUCUCGCUCAGAUCAGUGUUCUCAACUCCGCUCUCUCUUCCUCCGAAGCCGACCGCGCUGCUGCCAAGAGCGCCGCCGCUUCCAUCGCCGAACUCGCCAAAAACGAGGAUAUUGUGGAUAUAAUAGUGGAGUCUGGUGCGGUUCCGGCUUUAGUGAAGCAUCUCCAGGUGCCAGCAGAUGUAAGAGAGGGUGACAGUGAUCUGAGGCUGUAUGAGCAUGAGGUGGAGAAAGGAAGCGCUUUUGCACUUGGACUUCUUGCUGUCAAACCAGAGCAUCAACAGCUCAUUGUUGAUGCUGGAGCUGUACCCCAUCUUGUGGAUUUGUUAAAGAGAAACAAGAAUGGUUGUAACCCCCGAGCGGUCAAUGGUGUUAUUAGGAGAGCUGCUGAUGCAAUAACUAACCUUGCUCAUGAGAAUAGUGUUAUUAAAACCUUUGUCAGGUUUGAAGGUGGCAUUCCUCCUCUUGUUGAACUGCUCGACUCCACUGAUGCAAAGGUACAAAGAGCAGCUGCAGGGGCCCUGCGUACCCUUGCUUUUAAAAAUGAUGAAAACAAAACUCAGAUUGUAGAAUGUAAUGCUCUACCAACCCUUAUACUAAUGCUCUGGUCUGAAGAUGCCACUAUACAUUAUGAAGCGGUUGGUGUAAUAGGUAAUCUGGUCCACUCAUCCCCAAAAAUUAAAAAAGAAGUUCUCCUUGCUGGAGCUUUACAACCUGUUAUCAGAUUGCUUAGUUCCUCUUGUCCGGAGAGCCAAAGAGAAGCGGCUCUGUUACUUGGUCAAUUUGCUGGGGCCGAUUCUGAUACUAAGGUGCACAUUGUUCAGAGGGGUGCUGUCCAGCCUUUAAUUGAGAUGCUUAAGUCCCCAGAUGCACAGCUUAGAGAGAUGUCAGCUUUUGCACUAGGGAGGUUGGCACAGGACAAGCACAACCAAGCUGGCAUUGCUCAUAGUGGAGGUAUAGUGCCUCUACUCAAACUUAUUGACUCAAGAAAUGGAGCUUUGCAGCAUAAUUCUGCAUUUGCUAUAUAUGGUCUUGCAGAUAAUGAGGAUAAUGUUGUAGAUCUUAUCAAGGUUGGCGGUGUUCAGAAACUUCAAGAAGGAGAAUUUACUGUUCAACCAACUAAAGAUUGUGUGGCAAAGACAUUCAAAAGAUUAGAGGAGAAGAUUCAUGGUCGUGUACUAAACCAUUUGCUAUAUCUGAUGCGGGUUUCAGAAAAGGCAGUUCAAAUACAGGUUGCCUUGGCUCUUGCUCAUCUUUGUGCACCCGAUGAUCGAAAAGCUAUUUUUAUUGAUAGCAAUGGUUUAGAGUUGCUGCUUGAGCUUUUACAGUCUACAAGCCUGAAGCAGAAACAAGAUGGUUCAGGGGCCCUGUACAAGUUGGCUACCAAGGCAACUUCACUCUCUCCUGUAGAUGCUGCUCCUCCAUCACCGAAUCCACAGGUGUAUUUGGGUGAACAAUAUGUGAACAAUCCUACGCUUUCUGAUGUCACCUUCUUAGUUGAAGGUAAACGGUUCUAUGCUCACAGAAUUUGUCUGCUUGCUUCUUCGGAUGCUUUCCGUGCAAUGUUUGAUGGUGGUUACAGAGAGAGGGAUGCUAAGGACAUACAGAUUCCAAAUAUUAGAUGGGACGUGUUUGAGUUGAUGAUGAGAUUCAUAUACACAGGAUCAGUAGAAGUCAGUCUGGAUAUUGCACAGGAUCUCCUCAGAGCUGCUGAUCAGUACCUUUUGGAUGGUCUUAAGCAUCUCUGCGAGUAUGCUAUUGCUCAGGAUAUUUGUGUGGAAAAUGUUUCCCUAAUGUACGAGUUAUCAGAAGCCUUUAAUGCUAUGUCAUUAAGGAAAGCAUGCAUACUGUUUAUUUUGGAGCAGUUUGACAAAUUGAGUGCCAAACCAUGGUACUCUCAACUGAUCAAGUGCAUUGUACCAGAGAUACACAAAUUCUUCACUAAUAUACUUACAAAGCCUAUUCAAGCUGACUUGCAGCAAUUAUAGAUGGUUCAGCUCAAGUUUUAGUCUUUUGACUAAUAAUCAAGGUGGAAGACAAAUGAUGUACAGAAAGAUCUUUGGUAAUUGAGCAAGCAGGAGUAAAUUUUUUGUAGUGUAAUAUCUCAUGUAUUGUCAUUUUUUUGAAGCCACUCAUCUUGAAGUAGUCACUUUCUUGUAUGCCAACAUUGUUAGGCUUAUACUCCAUUAGAUUCAUGGGAGAGCAUGGUAGGCAGUAACUGAAGAGCAAGAGAUAAACAAUAGUAUUGUAAAAUUGUAGGCACAGGCUGUCUUUUCUUUUUGUAGAACUAGAAUUUGCCAUGUUUUGUAUCAUAAUAUGUCCUGAUAAAUUUCACUCAAUUCUGAUCA